AUGGACGACAAAGAAGAUACCAACAGAGUCGGCGAAAUCGAGGAAUCGGACCCGAAAUCCGACAGGUCAUCCCGGAACCCGCAUCCGAAUCUGAACACCGCGAGGACGAAGGUUCCAGAAGUGGAGGACGAGCCUCGUGGGUUGGGACCAGAACCAGCUGGAGGUCCGAGACAUUCUCGACAAGUAGCUUCAAAUCGCUUUACUCUUUCAAUACCGGGUCGGGUCGCGGCGUUCCGAUCCGGUUUAACCCCAGGAACGGCAGGUCUAUGCUAG